GGGGAGGGGGGGGGGGGGGGGGGGGUCAUGUGACUUGAAAGAGGAGGAUGUGGGGAUUAGAGGGGAUAUAAAAGCACGACGCAGGACGGCGCACGUCAAUUGCUAAAGGAGAAUAGAGAAGCUGAUCGGCGGUGGCCUCUUGGGAUAUCUGUGACAACAGAGACCCUCAGCAGAAAUGAACACUGCGCCCCCGGCAGGAAGUGCCCUGGCCCCCGGGAGCACAGCGGGCCCAACCACACCCAAGAAGGGACCCCCCAAAUUCAAGCAAAGGCAGACGCGUACAUUCAAGAGCAAGGCACCCAAGCCAGGCCAGAAAGGCUUUGGCGACGACAUCCCCGGCAUGGAGGGCCUCGGCACAGACAUCACGGUGGUUUGCCCAUGGGAAGCCUUCGGCGACAUGGAGCUCAGCGACUUGGCCAAAUACGGCAUCAUCUAAACCUGAUGCCUUCCUUGCCUGCCUGCACCUUUCCUCGGUCUAAUCCCCCUCCUCCCGGCUCGGCAUGCCGCGAUAAGGCUGCCCGAGAACCCCCCUAAUGCCCUCUCGUCUAACUACCUCAUGCUUCGCUCCACUGAGUGGAUAGAAAAGCAUAAAUAUGGAGUUAUUUUUAUAUUAAUACAUGAUGCUGUUUAUAUUAUACAUAUAUAUAUAUAUACUUGAAAUGAGAAGACGAGAACUCCACCUUCCUUAUUCCCUUCAUCCAUCUUUGAUAGUCCUUUACUUCUCCUCCCCUCUCUCCCCCACGACACUCCUCGACCCACGGCAAUGGACGCAAGCAAAACACUAGUCACCACUAGAGUGUAUUUGCUUCUAGCUGUCUAUAAAAAUGUAAAUAUUUUGUUCUCAGUGUUUUGACCUUGUACUUCCACCCUACCUUUUGUACUUCCUCCCGCUUUUAUUUUGCGUUGUAUUUUGUACUCCUUGUGAACACAAGGUUACUGUGAACACCAGGGGAUGCAAGGAGAGCGUGCAAUAUUGCUGUAACGGUGAAAACUACAAGGCGUUUUCACUUGAUCGUGGAGGAUUAACUCCCCUUUUUAUCCCGAGUCUAUCUCCUUGCUGCUAUCUGUCCCUCUCCUUAGAGCAAACAAAGGCAUGUACUGUUUGUUUUGUGCUACAAACACACUCAUAAUGUACUGUGCACUGGUAUGUCCUGAUAGCUGCAGUAAAAUGAGAAUAUUUUAAGUAA